AUGCACACGAAUACACAUGCACAUGUCCCGGCAGCGGUCGUCCCUUCGGUACCGGAUGCAGAUGAAGCAGGGACUCGCGACAGGCCGAGGCGAAAGCUGACGAGUCAUGGCGGCAUCGGCUUCGUCAGAUUCUGUCCGUCAGUGACUGCCAACGAUCUCACGGCGUCCGCGCCAUCGCGACGGGUGCUCUCCCGCCGCCGGUCGCUGUCUCGACCUCGAUGCCGAGGACCCGGAGCAAUGGAGCGUCGAGCGAGAUCUGGCCAGCAUUUCCGAUGCAUGGCUGCUGCUGCUCCCGAGCGGCGACCUUUCGAGCGGCGAGCGGGCUUCAUCUCGCCGCCAACGGUCCGCAUUCCUCCUGCGCACCGUCCUGAUAGCUUAGAGCAUAUGACGGGCAAACGAGAAGGGCAGUGCUACACUUGUAGGCUUGGGCGGUCGGGCGGACCGGCUGGCACCUCUGCGCUUCAUCCCGGAGCGCCACAGAACCUUGAGCAAAUUGGCCUUCUCAGCGCAGCCUUCCUCCUCCUUCGGGAGCCUCAACCUCGUCCCUCGAGGAUCUGCUCCCGUCUUCUUCUCCUCCUGAUCCUAGCUCUGUGCAGCAACGCCCUUGACGAACCCUCUUACGAAGCGCACGACUGGCCAUCCGCCCCGUCGAGACAUAUACUGCUCACGGCACCGACGGCUCGCACGGAUAACGACCUGCAUCACGACACCUCUCAAAGACGACCACGGAAUCGUCCCCCAUCGCAGCACCGCACUUGGCCGUAUCGUCCUCGACGUCUCGGUGACCUGGACCCGUCUCGGAUUGAGACAAUGGUCGGCUCCUCGUCUUCGCCAGACUCGACGUCCGUCACGAGCAAGGCACGCACAAGCACCACCGGCUCCAGCCGCCCGUCGAGCGGCGUGAGCAGUCCAAACCACGUCUUCUUCAACGGGAAGCGCAUCUCUGACCCCGUCUUUCUCAACGGCACCACUGGCGUCGCCGCCGCGCAGCCCAGGCGGACCGGGGACGUGUCGGUCGAAGGGAAGCUCCACCAAGCAAAUUCUGCUGAGCGAAGGCACUGCGAACAACUCCUCGAGGCUCCCCAGGACCGUCAAGUCGACACUCCCCGACGCACCAGGCUUCGGACCGAGUCUGCUUCACAGCUCAAGAGCAAGUUCAGCAUGUCGCCCGACCAUCGUUCGCGCAAGAGCAAGACGAGGCUGCGCGACCGAAAGACGAGCCUGACCAACGGCAAGCAGGAACCCCAGCACGAGCAGGCCGCCGCUCGCCUCGUGCCCAAGAGCAGCUUCGCCUCGUUCGGCUUCGUCUGGGGUGCCAGGACCAGAAAGGAGAAGCUCAGAGACAAGACUUCCACGCUGCUGCCGCCUGGCUCAUCUGCCGGCACACCGUCGUCGGUCAGAGGCAGGGUCGGCAUCGACGCCGACAUCAACGACUAUCUCGACGCUCCUGCCGGAGCAUCGGCCGUCAAGAGAUUCUUCACGCCGUCGAGGAGAUUGAUGAGAGAUGCAAGAGGCGACACGACCACGGACGAGAUUCACUUGCACAUGUGCCCACCCGCCCCAUCGCCACUCACCGCGGGUCCAGGAAACCAACAGCAGCGCCUGAGGACUGCAGCAACUUGGUCGGAGAUGCCGCGUAUGCGCGAUUCGCGCGAAUCGGCAUCCUGCGUGCGGACCGAGCCGACCUUCGAGGCCAGGGUCGAAGCUGCCAAGUCGAUGUCACAGUCUGUUCAUUGCGAACGCUCGCAAUCGUCGACGGAUACGGCGAGCUGCGGCGCAGUCAAGCAGACCAAGGUCGUCCCGGCUCGCCGGCAUCGGCCCUUGUCGCCAAGCAUCUUUGGCGAUCACUCGGCCGCUGAGACCGCCCCAUCGAGGCCGCACAACGAUGGCAGGGGCGGCUCGAAGACUCGUUCAUCGGGAAACGCUGUCGCUGUUCAGCAUCCUCGUGCGAGAACGCCUCCGACCCCCACCAUCUCGCUCACACCGCCGCGCGAAAACUCCGUCGACCUUGCCGGCGGCGCGUCGAGGAUUCUGCACCGCGGCGAAUCAGAUCCAGACGCCAGGGUCCUGGAACGGGCCGUGCAGAUCUGUCUCGAAGGUCCGAGCCUUCGAUCCUCGCCCGUGCCAACCCUGGCAAAGGGCACGGCCAACAACCGCGCAGUCGCCGAGCCUAGCGUCGGCAGGCCCCGAAAGGCUGAAAAGUCGCUUGACUCGCUCUCCGUGCCUGAGGCCGGCAGCAUCGAUGGGAGCGACGGAUCCAAUGUUGGACAGGCCCUCGGGCACCAGCGAGGCCAGGCCUCUGGCAAGCUGCACGCUGCCCCUCUCGCUGCUGCUUCGCCAGCGCGACAACAGAAUCGAUCGCUCCGAGCUCGGCUGAAAGAGCUCCAUCUCUUAUCCAGACCGCGCCUGGACUCUCGCCCCUCGGCCACGCUGCCUCGUCGCACCGGCCUCGGCGGUGGUGAGGCUGCCAAAACAUCCGGUCGCGGCGUGGAUGGCAGCGACGGCAAGAUGGGUUGGUGGGCUUCACUCAAGAUUCGAUCGAGAAAAGGCGCCAAUUACUUGGAUGACCGUGGCCACCGAGUUGCAGGCGGAAGCGCAGGCUUUGUCGCGGACGGUCCGACAGACGCGUUCCACGCCGCCUGGCUGCCAUCGCCCUCUGACCAAGCAUCGUCUCAGCAAGAGACAGAAGCCUUGUCGCCCGGACGACGAAGCGAAGACCUGCUCGCCAGAGCGUCCCCGAAGCUCGCCGACGAGAGCUUCACGUCGACGAAGAGCAAGAGCAUCGAUCUCAUCCGUGGCCAUGAGGCGUCAAGAGUGGUUCCGAUCAGACCUUUCAGCUUCAAGGUCCGCCCUUCCCUGCCUGCUGUCUGCGUCGAGGAGGCGACGCCCUCCCGGCACGAGGCGGUCAAAGGUGACCCCGUCUCGUCUUCCACGAGCUUUACCUCGAGCAUGGCAACGCCGGCAUCCCAGCGCCAAAAGACGCGAUUCAUGAGCACAAAGAGGCACCCAUGGCUCCGCCAGCUUGUGCUCCAGCCGACAGUCAUCGCCCCUCCGACCGUCUCUGCUCGACCGCCGAGUUCCAAGAGCUCCUCGUCGACGUACCAAACCAUCGAGGAGGUCGAUGACGGCCGGUGUGCCCCCGCCGGCCGCAGCGGCAUCACGCUCGUCGAAAUCGUCGGACAGCCUCCCUCGGCCGACAAGUCGGGCGAGUACCAUCAGCUCGCAAGAGGCUUCGCCUUCGCUGCCUUCGGGCGCGAGGAUCACGCCUCGGCGAGGGAAUCUGUCACCACGACGAUCCCCGGCCAGUGGCGGCGUUCGAUCCUCACCGAGCCGCUUCAUUCCCCGGCCGGUUCCGCGACCUUCGCCCUUUACGAGCGCAAGACGAGGCUCGCCACGCCGUCCAUCGUCUCGCCGCCCGCUCAGAUGGCAUUCUCGGGCUCGAUCGGCUUCAGUGGCGCUGAUGAGGCCACAGAGACCCUGUCGCAGCUCGUCGAGAGCUUCGACGACUGCCUGACCCCGCUCACGAUGACGCCGAGCUCCAAGGCCGGCAGCCCGUUUCGCGGGAUCGGGGGUUAUCGCCGACCGCGGUGGACGUCGCAAGACCGCAGCAGCGUGCCGGACGAGACGCUCGGGUACACCCGCGACCUGAGCGAGACGGGCGGCUGGCAGCGGGGCAGGUUUAAUAGCGAGGCCAGAUCCAGCAUCGCGCUCAGCACCGUGCUGAGCUACGCCUCAACCGAGGCCAACUCUAGCUUUGGCGACGGCGAAGAGCUCCAGGACCUUAUCGAGGGCAUCAUGGCGGGGCACGACGACAAAUCUGACGAAGGCACAGCCAGGCCCGGGGAGCGCGACCGUCCAUCGCGACAGCAACGAGCGUCGUCGCUGCCGAGGUCACUGCCAUCGUUCGGGACAAUUGCCAUCACGCCCGCAACUGGCAACGACGAGCCCGGAGGAACCAAGCAGUGGCUGUCGAGGAGCCCUUCUCACGACGAUUCAGGGAGGCACCGCCGGAGCAGAACAGACUCGAGCGUGCCAGGCCAGCUCCGCAGCUUCUCGGCAGGACCACCGCUGGGCACGGAUGACAGGGCUCCCUUGGUGCUGCGGUCGGCGCCCGGCUUCAGAGUCGCAACGUCGCCCUCGGCACAAGCAAAAGUGACCGUCGAGGUCACACCCCCCUUCAUGCCCAACAAGAGUGUCCAACGGACGCCCGCGGCUGGCGAUGCUGCAAGUUCGCGUUCGAGGGGCCUUCUCGAGGCGUUUGGCCUCUCGAUUCGAGCCGCAGAGGCCGAGGGCUGCCGCGAACGCCUCUCGCCGCCCAAGUUUCUGCUCAACGACGAGCCGGUGCUGGUCGUGGAUUCACCGGACGCUUCUCCGUUCCUCGUGAGCGGAUCCGUCGCCGGCAACAGGCUCGUCGGUGCGCCCAAGGCGGUCGAGACGAUGUCGUCUGCGAGCGCGGAUCUCGCCUCGCUCUUUGACGGCUUCGACCAUGUCCCCUCUCGCAGUCUCUGA